UUCCCUGAGGCAAUUGUUAAGAAUUUCUGCAGAAGUCCUCUCUGCCUUUAAGUGCCAGCGUGGAAGUUAAAAAAAAACCGCCCCCAGCAACAAUGCUUCUCAGGCUAAAACACUCAGUCCAGCGCCUGAAUUACGGCGCUCCUGUCCUGCGGAAGAAGACACUCGGGAGGUUUGCUUGGACUCUCUGUGCAGCAGUAAAGCGAAAUGCAGGUGAAGCAUCUGGGAGUUUUAAGUCGCACUUCCCCACGCAGUGCUGCAGAAAGUAUGCAUCUGAUGCUGCGUACAGCCGAGUCUUCGCGGCGGCCAGGGACAACAGCGAGAAGUUUUGGGGUGACGUGGGGCGUGACAUAAACUGGUUUGAGCCGUGGAGUAAAACUCUGCACGUUGAGGAUCCGGUGUUCCCAAACUGGUUCGUCGGCGGAAAGCUAAACAUGUGCUACAAUGCUGUCGAUCGACACGUAGAAAGCGGCCGUGGAGAGCAGCCUGCGAUCAUAUAUGACAGCCCGGUGACCGGAACUAAACAGAUCAUCACUUUCAGGGAACUUCAGGACCAGGUGUCCAGGUUAGCAGGAGUCUUGGUGAGGAAUGGGGUACAGAAAGGAGACCUUGUUGUCAUCUACAUGCCCAUGGUGCCACAGGCCAUGUUCACCAUGUUGGCCUGUGCACGGAUCGGUGCCCCACACAGCCUCAUUUUUGGCGGCUUCGCCUCUAAAGAGCUGUCUGUCCGCAUCAAUCACGCUAAGCCCAAGCUGUUGGUUACAGCCUCAUUUGGCAUCGAGCCAGGCAGAAGAGUGGAGUACAUCCCUCUGGUGAAGACGGCCCUGGAGAUGAGCUCUCACAGGCCCACGAAAGUCCUCAUCUAUAACAGGCCAAACAUGGAAAGGGUAUCGAUGAAUCGCGAGUUGAGCCUGGACUGGGAUGAAGAGAUGGAAACUGCUAGGCCACAUGACUGUGCCUCUUUGCCCUCCAACCAUCCGUUGUAUGUACUCUAUACAUCUGGGACCACUGGGACGCCAAAGGGUGUUGUGCGAGACACUGCAGGCUAUGCUGUGAUGCUGAAAUGGACCAUGUCAAAUAUUUAUGGACUCAGUCCCGGAGAAGUUUGGUGGGCAGCUUCAGACCUAGGCUGGGUGGUUGGCCAUUCUUACAUCUGCUAUGGUCCUUUGCUACACGGUAACGGCACUGUUCUCUAUGAGGGAAAACCUGUAGGGACUCCAGACUCCGGGGCCUUCUUCCGUGUCUUGUCUGAACAUGGAGUCUCUUCAAUGUUCACAGCGCCUACUGCUAUCCGUGCUAUCCGCCAGCAGGACCCCCAAGCUACAAUUGGAAAAACAUAUCCACUGACCAGGUUGAGGUACUUAUUCGUGGCAGGAGAGCGAUGUGAUGUGGAGACCCUGCAAUGGGCAAAAAGGAACUUUGGAGUUCCUGUUCUGGAUCACUGGUGGCAAACUGAAACUGGCUCAGCUAUUACUUCCAGUUGUGUCGGUCUGGGAAACUCACUCACGCCACCUGCAGGCCAAACUGGCAAACCGGUUCCAGGUUACAAUGUCACAGUGAUCGAUGAUAACAUGCAGGAGGUGAAGCCAAGAAGCCUGGGAAAUAUUGUGGUGAGAUUGCCUUUACCACCUGGGGCAGCAUUGUCUUUAUGGCAGAAUCAAGAUCUGUUCAAGAAACUCUACUUCACAAAGUUUCCAGGAUUCUACGACACCAUGGAUGCUGGUUUUAUGGAUGAGGAGGGCUUCCUUUACGUCAUGUCCCGGUCUGAUGAUGUCAUCAACGUGGCAGGCCACAGGCUCUCUGCUGGAGCAUUGGAGGAGUCAGUGCUGCAGCAUGCUGCAGUGGGAGACUGCGCUGUGGUAGGGCUCGAAGACUCUCUGAAGGGUCAUGUUCCCUUGGCUCUGUGUGUGCUCAAGAAUGGUGUGCAGAAAACGGAAGAGGAGAUCAUAAAUGAGAUUGUGAAACUUGUGAGAGACACCGUCGGUCCAGUGGCUGCCUUUAAGAAAGUGCUCUUUGUCCGCGGGUUGCCAAAGACACGUUCUGGAAAGAUUCCUCGGUCCUCUUUAUCCAAUCUGGUCAAUAGCAAGCCCUACAAGAUCUCUCCAACUAUUGAGGACCCAGAGGUGUUUAAAGACAUCGAGAAGCAAAUAGAGAGAGCGUCAAAAUAGCCUGAGUUCAUCAGUGGGAUGACAACUGGACAGUC